AUGAACCGCCGCCUCGGUACCAAGCUUAUCGGUUUCCUCGCCCUUCUGUCUCAGAGCCCAGGUCUUCCACCAGCGACUAGGGACCAGGCCACUUACAUUACCGCUUCGUACUCUGAACACAGAAACGUGUACCGACUGAUGGCCCAGAUAUCUGCUCUGAGUAACGGGGAGAUGGUGAUCAAUACCUCUCAUAGAACCAGGUCGAUGACAGAGGAUAGACACGCUCCUGCCUCCCGCUUUGGAGUAUUCCUCCAAGCUCUUAUGACCGACUUUCGCAUCACUCCAACUGUUCCCGACUUUGAAGGCCAUCCUAUUGAACUCUACAGUAUCCUCGACCCUGCCAUCGAGAGCUGGAUAAGCGGGGAGCAGGAGUUUGAGUUUCACAGAGCCCUUCUUUCAAUGGAGAAGAGAGCGAACGAACACCUUGCCCAUCUUACAAAAAAAUAUGGCUACCACUUCAUUUUCAGAAUUGGUCUCCAGCAAUACUACAUGACGCGUACUGUCGCUGAAAAUAUCAACUUUUGGCGACAUGAUCCUCGCAAAACCGACGAGCUUGUUCGGGUCCAGCAGCUCUGCUACGAUGUAUUUGAGCGCCAGCUUCGUCUGAGUGAAGCUGAAAAGAUGAUCCUGAUGCAAGUCACCAACUCCUCGGAUCGGGAUGCGAAGAUGUUCUGGCGUUGGCUAGAAGACAACCGUGUAGCCUACUUCGCAAUGCAAACCUGCAUCACGUUGCUGGACAAGCUUGGCAACGAGGACACCAAAUCUGCGAACUAA